AUGCAUCUACGGAAGCCAUCUACUUCGCAAAAACGCCACUUCAGUUCAGAAUGCCAGCUGUACGACAUCAAGGUAGCCGACUACUGGCCUGGCUCCGACGACCCUACAGCUGUGACCUUCAACAGUUGUAUCACCGCCUGGGUUCCCGACCCCCGACCAAUCCUGCCGACCAACCUAUCCACGUCAUCGGUGAGCGAGGGAUCAGACACGAGGAAGUCAGUUGACGGGUUUAUCGGCAAGAAUCAGAGUCACUGUUUUUCUACUGAGGAGGAAACGAACCCGUGGUGGUUCGCGGAUCUCGGGGGCGUGAAGAAGGUGGCGCAGGUUAGGGUCCUCACGCGGCAGGAUGGGAAUGCGAGCGAGUUCGUGUCCGUCGUUGUUCGUUUCGGGAAUUCGUCGGCUCUGCUUCGGAACGGUUCGGAGCGAGUUUGCUUCGAGGCUUCCCCGUUCUCGAAACUUGGGGAGAAUUCGUCGCAACCAGAUCUUUCGAGAAACGGAUCAGGAAACGUAUCAGAGUCAAAUCUUUCAGGGAAUGAAAACGCGUCGUAUCCCAAUGGCUCACUGAAUUCAGAAAAUCAGCCUUUCCGAGGAAACUCGUCAGCUCAGCCCAUACAGAGUGAAUCUGGAAGCUGUCAACCACCACAAGACAAAAACGAAACCGAACCUGCAUUUAGUGCCAACCCUGUUUUCGAUUACAUUGCUGGAAAGCCUCCCUUGGGCGCAGAGGUUGUGUUUACCCCAGAGGAGCCUGUGAGCGGGCGUUACUUGUCCCUUCAGAGUUUAGAUCUCGACCCUGCGAAUGUGUUAACCAUUUGCCACGUGGAAAUUCUGGAACAACAAAGAGAACCUGUUAUGAGGAACUGCCAGGACGUACUGGACAAACUUAGCAACGUGAGCGGCGUCUACACCGUCUACCCGAAGGAGUGCUGCCCCGUCAGCGUCUACUGCGACAUGGACACCGACGGGGGCGGCUGGACGGUCAUCCAGCAACGUCGGGACGCCCUUCCUCGGGAGGAUUUCUACCGCCCUUGGAGCGACUACGCCCUUGGGUUCGGACACUCGCCUUGCGGGGAGUUCUGGCUCGGCCUCGAGCACAUCCACGCCCUCGCCGACCAGAGGCCCAACGAGCUCAGGAUCGACCUGGAGGACCUCGAGGGCAAAACCCGCUGGGCCAAGUACAGAACCUUCUACGUUGGCGACCGGGACGACCUGUACGCGCUGGGCAUUUCCAGGUAUGAGGGGAACGCCGGGGACGCCAUGGCAGUGCACGAUGGGAACAGAUUCUCUACAAAGGAUUAUGACAACGAUAAAGAGCCUCGCAGCCAUUGCGCGCAAAUGAGUGAAGGCGGUUGGUGGUACAGUAGCCCUUGUCACUAUGCUAAUCUCAACGGCAAAUACCUGAGUGGUUCUCACAAGAGCGUUGGUAAUGGUAUCAACUGGUACCAGUGGCAUGGCAAUUACUAUUCACUGAAGUCUUCUACGAUGAUGAUCAGACCGGCUCCCUGAAAGACUGGAAUAAUGAGUGAAGCCAAAAAUAUUCUGUAUGGGAAUAUUUCUGACUUAUUACCUGUUAUAUGAUUAUUGUUUUCGACGCCAAAUUAUUUACUGAAAGCCAUUCUGAUGCACAAUACAUUAUGGUAUUGCAACACUAACCCAAUUACCUUUGUCGCAAAUUGCAGAUUUUCUUAUUGCCCAAAUGUGCUGUAUACACAUUUCACGUUUAUUUCAUAAAGUUACAUUAAAAUUAUAUUUACCAAAUACAUACGUAUGAUUGUAUCUGAGACAGGGAAGGGGGAAAGCAAGUAAUUCACGAAAGCUUUAAAAAAAAUGUCAAGUUAACAACUGUUCUAUUUUGUACAGUUUAGUGGUUCCUUAGACUAAGUUAAAAGGUACGUAAGAUUAGAGAAAAAUAAAAUUAAGAAUGGAUGGUACCCUAUCACUCAAGACUCUUAUUAAUGCAUAUACAUAUCCGUAUUAACAUACCAUGGUAAAGGCAAAGAAAACAAGAACUUACUUUAUCUUUAUCGCCAUUGAAAUGCAAAGUAGAGGUAAUGACGUAAUGAUUGACGUAAUGACGUAGGUAAUGACGUAAUGAUUGUAUAUGGCGUUUAUAUAUUUUCUUUGGUGACGGUGGUUU